AGGGAAUGAUUUAUCCAGUAUUUUGCGGUUUUUUUAGAUUUUUUAUUUAAUUCUUGCAACUUGUAUUUCACGGUAUACGGACUGCGCAUUCAGCACUUAAGUUACCUUUGAAUGUUCAUACAAAUCCCGAAGCAAUGUGUAACAUAAAGAAGAAUUCCGGCAUGGCUGAAGUUUUGAGAAAAUGCAAAAUUAUUAUUUGGGAUGAAUGUACAAUGGCCCACAAGCAUUCGCUUGAAGCUCUCGACAGGUCCCUGAAGGAUAUCAAAGAUAAUACUAGGCUUUUCGGUGGUGCUCUACUGCUACUGUCUGGUGAUUUCAGGCAAACAUUGCCAGUAAUUCCACGUGCGACAUAUGCAGACGAAGUAAACGCAUGUUUGAAGGCAUCUUAUCUAUGGCGGAGUGUCAGUAAAUUGAGCCUUACUAUCAAUAUGCGCGUUCAACUACAAAAUGAUCCAUUAGCGUCAGGAUUCUCUGAACAAUUGUUAGACAUUGGCAACGGUAAAAUUCAACUGUAUGAAGAUACCCAAUUUAUUAAAUUUCCAGAGAACUUUUGCAACAUGGUGGCUACCAAAGAUGAAUUAAUAAAUAGUAUCUUUCCAGAUUUAAGAUAUAACUAUACUAAUCAUGAAUGGCUACGAGAGCGAGCUAUUUUAGCUGCAAAAAAUUUAGAUGUAGACGCCAUCAAUUUUAAAAUACAACAGUCAUUGCCUGGUAAUGAAAUUACAUUUAAAUCAAUUGACACCGUUGUUGAUCCUGACGAAGUGGUCAACUAUCCAGUAGAAUUUUUGAAUUCUUUAGAUUUACAUGGAAUGCCACCACAUAAUUUGCGACUAAAGAUUGGCUCACCUAUAAUUUUGCUUCGUAAUUUAAAUGCCCCGAUAUUGUGUAAUGGCACGCGAUUAGUUAUAAAAAAAAUCAUGGGCAACAUUAUUGAAGCGAAUAUUUUAUCUGGAAAAUUCCAAGGUGAAAUUGUACUUUUACCGCGGAUCCCAAUGAUUCCUUCAGAUUCACCUAUACCAUUUAAACGCUUACAAUUUCCGAUCCGUUUGGCAUAUGCUAUGACUAUAAAUAAGUCACAAGGUCAAACGAUGACAUUUUGUGGCUUAGAUUUAGAAAAUCCGUGUUUUUCUCACGGCCAAUUGUACGUUGCGUGA